GCGCAAAACUCCUCAGCCAAUGGAAAAGAGGUCAUCCUGCAGGUCCUGCAUUCGUAUCUGUUUCAUGUUUGUGUGCCGCACCGUGGGGGACAGGGUGAUACCACACUCACACAGUGAUAGAUUCGUUACUAUUCUCCCCACCUACCUAUCAAUCACACAGCAAAUGCAAAAGAAAACCCCUAUUUUCCUUGGUCAUCUUGGUUGCCUUGCGACCCAGUCAUUACAAGCUUCUCCCUUGAAGUUGCAGGUAUCAUGUCGACAAAAGCGCCGAACACUAAUCGAGGUCUAGGAACUCUAGUGGACAGCUAUGUUCGCAAAAGACUCCGUCGUGACAUUCACCCUGCAUUUGCCAAGGUGCGGGACAAAUCUGAGGCAGAAUCAACAUUCCUGAAAGCCACAGGCGCCGAACUCCGAGUAUCGUGCCAUACAGCUGUGGGUGCGAGCGAAGAUGGAAGCCAGAGCCCAACGUCCAUUGCCAUGGUGGCAGGCGAAAAUGACUGCGGCAUCUCUCUUGAAGAGAUAUACCGAGAUGCCACACAAGAAAAGCUGCGGUUUCAAUUAGCAAUCGCCGAUUAUGAGAAGCUAACAUCAGGACCAAAAUUCGGUUCAGGAAUCACCACCAAGCCUUCGUUUACUUGGGAAGAUGUCUUGGAAGAGGCCCAGCGGGCUGCAGACACGUAUUCGGAGGCUUCUGGAAUGUGGAACAAGAUUCGAAAGGGUCUUUGCAGCUUCGGGCGAAAUGCAAAGGCUUUCGAUGCCUGGGCCAGCUUGCUACCGUCUCAGUCCGAAUACCUGUCUGUUCUGUGCGGAGGAUUGAAGUUCAUCCUUGGGGCUGCUGCACGCUUGCACGACCUCAAUUCGGAUGUUUGUGAUGCUCUGGCGGAAAUUCCGAUUCUGCUAAAAAGCACACAUCUGGUGUUGGGGAUCUUCAAACGCUCCAAGGACCUCCAUCAAGCAAGUGCGGACCUUUAUUCUGCGAUAAUAGCAGCACUGCAUCACAUUGUUUUGUGGUAUAGAGAGAAAGCCAUCAAAACGCUUUUCAAGAGUAUCCUAAAGCAGGACGCAUAUGCUAUACAACUUACAGAGCUCCUCAGCAACGUUCGCCAACAAGCUGACCGCUUCGAACAUGUUGUUCGUCUCAACUCUUACGAGCGAAUUGUGACUACGUCCGAGAUGGUACGAACCCAAGGGGUCCAGCAGGAUGAAAACCACAGCAUACUUGUCCGCUAUCUCGAUGAUGCAAACAAUGAGUUACACAAUUUUCGGGAGGAAUUCAGUUCCAAGGCGGUGGACUUGCAGUCGCAGGUCAGUGAAUUGACCAAUGUGUUGGCAGCGUUCUUGGGCAGUGGUGCCUGGAUGAAUGCGAGGACGCAUGAUGUGAGAGGUCCCUAUCUUCCGAUUCGCAAGGCAAAAUCUGAGUCAAGGCUCAUACGAGAUUCUUCGCCCGGGUCACUACCUCAUGGCUCUAAAACCCGCCACAGGCUCGAGGAGACCAUAUACACACUAGACUAUGACAGCUCAGUGAUUGAGAGGGACAUAGCCACCAGUUUGCGCAGCGUAUGGCAGGUCCCUGUUUCAGAUCAAGACCGCCUUGUUGCGGCCAUACAAUCACCAAAGCUCCAGAGCUGGAUAAUGGAAACAACAUCCUCUGCACUGUUCCUCAACUUCAACGCCACUCGCAACCACCACACGACAUCGUUCGUCGCCGCAAAGUUGGCCAAUUCAAUCCAGUCAUCUUCCGUCUUGGUGGUCACCUUCUUUUGCGGUCCACACACGGAUCGACGCAGCGAAGAUCCAGACUUUGGCGUCACGGGCAUGAUGCGCUGUUUAAUCAGUCAGCUUCUCUUGACAUAUCCAAAUUUUGGUCUACAUACCCUCCGUCAGAUCCAGGAAAAAGACAUGGAUGACGUUGAGGACCUCUGCGAAAUAUUCUACCUCCUCGUUGCCCAGCUCCCACGUCACAAGGCACUUUUCUGCAUUUUGGAUAGUGUGACCAAUUUCGAGGACAACAACAUUUUGCGAGUGGAGAGCGAAAUGGCCAUGGGGCAGUUGAUGGAGAUAAUUACCUGGACGGCCGAGUACGGGUGUUGCUUCAAACUGUUGUUGACGAGUCCUCGAAACAGCCGGGUGCUCUACAAGCAUCUGUCGAACCCCGAGCAAGACUCGAUUUGGCUACCCGCGAAGGUUCCCUCGCAGGGGGGUUUCACGAAGGGGAAGUGGGACGGGAGUAUUGGUGGGGAGGUUGAUAAACUGACGAUUUUUUAA